AUGGUCAGACCUCCAGUUCCCGUUGAUGGACAGUUUUUUAAAAGCGCCGUAUCGGGUAUCUAUAAACAAAAAGUCAACCAUGCUGAUCCCAAAGACAACAGCACUUUUGACCAGGUGUACUUCACGAGCGACGCCCACUACAAAGCGGGUGGUCCCGUAUUUUUCAUGUUUGGCGGCGAGGGGGCAGCCAGCUCAGCUUGGUUGACCAACAGUAAUAUGGCGGACAACGCCAAGAAGUACGGCGCUCUACUCGUCGAGUUGGAGCACCGGUUCUACGGGGAGUCCCAACCCUUCGCGGAGCUAACCGUCGAUAACCUGAAACACCUGAACAGCGAACAGGCCCUCAAAGACGCCGAUGAGUUCAUACAGUAUUUGCUCAAACAGAAGUCCAUUGAGAAUGCCAAGGUCAUUGUGUUCGGGGGCUCGUAUGCCGGUGCGAUGGCCGCUUGGUUCCGGGAGAAGUACCCGAAAACAGCUGCCGGUGCCAUAGCGUCCAGCGGUCCUGUCGAGGCAGUCGUUGAUUUCAAGGACUACUUGGGAGUCGUUAGUCAGUCACUGGGAAAGGAGUGCUCCGACAGCAUCAGGUAUGAUAGGGUGGCGCCGUCGCUGGGAAAGGAGUGCUCCGACAGCAUCAGGGAAGCCUCGCAGCAGUUGGAGGAGGAUCUGAAGACUACUGCCGGCCGGGAAGAGCUCAAGAAACUGUUCAAACUGUGCGACUCCUUAGAGGGCGCCGACACCGACGACAUACACAACUUUGUCGGGAGUCUGACGAAUGCAGUCGCGGUUAUUGUUCAGUAUAACAGAAAUAUUAAGGACUUUUGUAAGCUGGUGACGGACCCGAGUGGUGGGGCCCGUGCUCUGGACAGGUAUGCGAAGGCACAGGCAGCUCAUCACAGCGGAUGCAUUAACUUUAACUACAAGAAAAUGAUUAGUGCUAUGAAACAAACGUCUAAAGAGUCGCCGUACGUCUCAUCGGGAACGAGGCAAUGGACGUAUCAGACGUGCACUGAGUUUGGGUACUACCAGACCACUAGUCUGAAGGACAGUCCGUUUGGGCACAACCGUCCGAUCGAGUUCUUCACGAAACGGUGCACCGAUAUAUUCGGUCCGCAAAUCACGGCCCAAACCAUCGAGAAGGCCGUCGAGGCCACCAAUUUCUACUACGGGGGCCGUCAGCCCAAUGUGACAAACGUGGUGUUCCCUAACGGCUCACUG